AUGCACGAUUGGAUAAUGAAUGCGUUGUUGGCUUCUCUGCUUCUUCUUGACUUUUCCAACCUGAGCUCAGCUCUUCCAACCUUCGAUCUAUUCAACGCCACUCUACCUUCCCGAAGGUAUGGUGUCCCAGAACAAAAACGCGACAAUGUUGCGCUGCGAAUAUUGCCUCUUGGCGCCUCAAUCAUGAGCGGUACGGGAUCAACUACAGGCAACGGAAUUCUUGGCUACGAUGUUGAUAUGGUUGGAAGUCUACACACUGGAACAAUGAUAGACCAUGAACAAGAGGCGGUCCCUGGAGACGUUCUCACUCAAAUACUGGCCAGAGUUCCACAUUCUAUUGGAUUUAAGCCUAAUGUCGUUAUUAUCAAUGGAGGCACCAACGAUGGGAAUGGGAAUGUGGACAUUGCAAAUGUUGGCAGCCGCAUGAACGAUAUUUUGAAUGCUCUGUGGAAUGCUGAUGACAUGGGAAGCACAUGUAUCAUGCUAUCAACGCUAAUCCCCACGACAAACGCAAAUGGUGCUGCCAAUCGUGAUAACAUUAACUCACAAUAUCGUGCUCUUGUAACUCAGCGCGCCGCGGAGGGCAAAUGCGUUUACUUGGCCGACAUGGAUCCUGGUGGACAGAUUUGGUUCGACUUUGACACAGACUACCUCGCAACUGAGAGUCCACAUGACAAAGGGCAUAAAAUGAUGGCUGCGGUCUUCUAUCAAUCUAUAACUCUGGCAUUGGCAGACAAUCGUAUCGUUGCUCCUGUUGCUUUUGAAGCUGGUCCGGCUACUUGUGACAAAUUCGGUGACAGUGGCAUUGAUGCUGGUGGAUAUACUCAACGUGGCUCUGGCUACAGUGACGGCAUCUACUAUCAUGACAGUGAAGAGAUGGGAAUCCUCUGGACUGCUACCAGCUCUUGGGACAGAGAUCAGUGGCGAUUUGCUCGCUUGUUCGACCGGAAUUAUGAUGAUCUUCUCGCAUGGGUCUCAAACAGUGAUACCGAUCAAACUUAUGCAGUCUGGGCGAACUCAGGAGACGGAAAUGGUAAAUUCGCACAAGUAACCAACCUAACCCCCGACCUGCUUUGCGAUACAGCAGGGUUAUACUUCGUUGAUAUGACGAAUGACGGCCUUGACGAUUUGGUUUGUAUCGAUGCAGAUGGCAACGCAUAUUUAUCCGUCAACCUAGGAGACGGUAAUCGAGCCUCUGGGAAAACUCCGACCUUCAAGCGUGCGAGUUCAAGCGCACUGAUUAAAAGCAAUGAAGGGUAUCCACAAGAUCGGGUCCGUAUUGUUGACAUUGAUGGAGACGGUCGUGGAGAUUAUUGUGUGAUUCAAGACAAUGGCGACAUCUUGUUCUGGAGAAAUGGUUGGAUUGACCCAGUCCCGGCGUAUUGGGGAGGGAUGACUGGAUGUGGGUCAGCGAAACUGGAGCAACAACCACCUGGACCAACAGCAGAAGCUGUGCUAAGGGUGUUGAGGGUAACGGUCUCAACGUCGCCUGGCGUCAAGGCUUCCUCAAAGGCGCAUCCUCGGGGCCAACACUUAGGAAUGUCUGCAUAUAUCACGGAUACUGAGACCAACCUCCGGAAUCGAAUCCAUUUCGCCCGCAUCUAUGGACCGCCAACCAUCUUCGGCAAUGCACCCCUUCAAGAUUAUGUUUUUAUGCAACACACUGAACUAUCUACGACUUCUCAUAAGUUUGACAUGCGGGUGUGGAAGAAUACAGGAGGUGGUGCGACGAAGCUUUUUGCUGACGGCAACAAGUAUUGCAACAUGAUGGGGCACUCGAAUGGCAUGGUUGAUCUAGUGUGGACAUAUUCUUUUGGUACGAUGGAAUUGUACAUCAACCGAGGGAAAGGUUCCAUCUCGGACUCUGAUCCUGAUGGCUACUGGGAUCCUUCUACAGGUGUUAUCUGGACCCCGCCGAGUAACAUGGAUCGUCGAGAUCUGCAUCUAGCGGAUUGGGAUGGUGACGGAGACUGUGAUAUCAUCUAUACCAACCCAGAUAGAGGUGCUGUGCAAGUUUGGUUGAACAAUUAUCCCUCGACCGGCAAGUGGGAUUGGACUUACUUGUCCAAUCCGGCUCCUGGUGUAACUUGUUCAGAGAAGAGAGGAUUGGGCAGAGAUGACUUGGCUGUUCGAGUGGCGGACAUCACUGGCAACGGUCGUGCCGAUUAUCUGUGUAUACAACCAGACAGCACUGUCUCUAUCGGGAAAGAUCGUGCCAAUCUCCGCUGGGCAGAUGUGGAUGGUGACGGAAAGGAUGACAUGCUCUGGAUCGAGAAAUUCUCUGGAGAUGGAUACGUGUGGUACAAUGAUGGUUCCGCUGACCCAUCCGUCGCUCCAGGCUCCUCAUUUUCGUGGAGAACACAAGAUGCUGUCGCGUUUGCAGGCAAUGCAGCAGGAAGCUGUAUCUACUACCCCGAUCUAGAUGGCAACGGCCGUGCAGAUGAGCAUUUCGUACUCGAGUCCUUCACAAAUCGGGCAAAGACGUCCCUCAGCCCAAACUGCGGACUACAAGAUGCCACUGGAGAUGACGCCACUACUGAUGGAAGUCUACCCGCGGUACCAGCUGGAGGCUCUACUACCACUACAGCUAUUUCAACUCCAACAAGCACCGCUAUCACAACACCAACGCAGAGCGCAGAUCCCGAUUUCCCGUCGCGAUCUCUCGCUGGAAAUCCCAAUUGCCCAGACAGACAGAACUUUAUGGCUCCCUUGAACACUGUUGGGGAUGCUGAGGGCGGUGUUGAGUUCUGCCUAGGACACUGGACUGAAGGCAUUUUCCCACAGGUCCUCGGUGGAAAAGCGACCGAGAAUGCUCUCGCAUAUAUCAGUUUGGAAUACUCCGAUGGAUCGAACGAAGCUUAUGGCACGAGCGUAGCAGAUGAUGGACAUCACCGUUAUGGUUCCAUCGACUAUUCCGCCCUCGUGGAUACAUGGAGCCACUUUAUCCUGUCUGGUGACGGCUGGGACGGGGGUGUUGGUCGUCUCGAGGUUGGUUUGGUGGGCGCGGAAAGCGAAGACAUUGACAUUGGGAAGUACUAUGACUCGACACCGCCUGUCUUUACAUACAAUCGCGGUACAGAUGGCAAGGGGAUUCUGCUGGGAUUCUACGGACGGGCGGGAGAUCGGAUUGUUAUGCUGCAACCAUAUUUUACGAAUUCUGGUUUGGAUCGGGUCAUUAUGACGGACCAAGUCUUCACCCCUAGCUUUGAAAGCUUGAAUGCCCUACCCUUUGAGGAACGUAUGAUGGAAGCCGUACAGUCCAGCUACAUUCUAUUCAACAACCGCACGAGCGAAGAUGUCACCAUGCAAGCAGACCUCUAUCUCGAAGUCACAGCACAAACUUCCAUGAACGUCGGGUCACAGAAAUCCCACGAAUACGGUACCGAAUUAGGAUGGGCUGUAAAAGGCGAAAUUAAAGGCAAGAUUGGUACGCCCGAAGUUGAGAUAGGAGGGUCCGUGGAACAGAAUGGGAAGUAUGUUAUGAAAUGGACGGAUACCACACUGAACAGUAAAGAAGACACGGAGGCCCACACGAUUCGCGCAAGAUACGUGGUUUCGACGGUUGUGAAGGCUGGGCAGAAGGUGCAGUGCGAUGUUAUUGCCUAUCAAAGCCGUGUUAAUAUUGCUUAUACUGCAACUGCAACAGUUCAACUUCUCGACGGCACAUCAUUCUCAUAUCCAGCAGCUGGCAAUUUCGUCAACGCAGCAUCAAGUUCGGCCUACACCACUUGCAACGAUGUCGAUGUCUCUAAGACCACGGAUGAUGCUCAUACGAUUACGGAGAGCGGCACGUACUGUUUGGAUGGUACGCGUGUGGGUGAUGUGGAUCAGUCGGAUGAUUUCUUGGAUCAGUAUUGUCCGUUGUCUUCGUGA